ACGGCGGAGGGAUACCGGGGUAUCCAAGGUCUAUCGGCGGAAGGGGAAGAGGACAUGAGGCGCUACCGACCGAGGAGGGCAGAGGUGACAGCGACAGGACGUGCUGCUGGCGGCCGGCCUUGGCUCGCCUCAGGCCCUGGGGCUCGCCUCAGGCCGCGGGGCGGAGGUCGGGGCGGACCGCAAUGAGAACAAGUAGGCAGGGCCGAGCAGCAAAGAGUCUUUCGCGUUUGCGCGUCGAGCCACCCCCACCAGCAACCGCGUGUCCUGCGCAUGCGCGUUCGGGAUUGGGACGCCGUUGCCGUGGCUGCUGCCGCCGCUGAAUGAACCCCAGCCCCUAGGGGUCCCCCGCCCCACCGUGAGGGGGCGCGGCCCUUCAGCCCCCGCCGUUCUCAGCCGGACGCUCCCCGCAGUGAGCGCCCGGGCCCGGAGCCGCCUGAGCGCGCAGCUAAUCCGGGCUUGGCCGCGGCGGCGGGCGGAAAGUUCCUGACCCUGCGGGGCCCGGACGCCCCUGAGGCCGGGGCCUGUGAUGGGCGGGCGGAAUCCCCGCGGUCCUGCCCCCUGCCGCCGCGACCCCUGAGCUGGGGGAGCCGGCCCGCCGGAGGAUGAAGAAGAUCUUCAGCUUCGGGAAGAAGAAGAAGGGGCAGUCGCCGUCUAGCCGCGCCUCGCUGCCCGGUGUCCCCGGCGGCGGCGGCGGCUACGAGCUGCGGGAGAAGGAGCUGGGCAAAUUGCACCGAGCGGCCGCCGGCGGGGACCUGGGCAGGCUCCAGCAGCUGCUGAAGAAAAACGACAUCAACCAGCUGGAUAAAGAGAACAGGACACCUUUGCAUCUUGCCUGUGCUAAUGGACAUUCAGAUGUUGUUACUUACUUAGUGGACAACAAGUGCAAACUAAAUCUGUGUGACAAUGAUAACAGAUCCCCGUUGAUGAAGGCAGUACAAUGCCAGCAGGAAAAAUGUGCAACUAUGCUGCUAGAGCAUGGUGCAGACCCUAAUCUUGUGGAUGUUAACAGCAGCACUGCCCUUCACCUGGCUGCCCAGACUGCUAAUAUAUCUCUAGCAGUACUAUUGCUUGAGUACAAUGCUCAUAUUGAAGCACAGAAUAAGGAUGGGUAUACACCGCUUACUAUUGCUAUAACUGAAAAUCACCAAGAGAUGGUAGAGUUUCUUCUUAGAAAAGGAGCUGAUGUACAUGCUAGAGACAAGUCUAAAAGAACACCUCUCAUGAUUGCUGCCUCUGGAGGAGAGCUUAGUUUAAUAAAAGUUCUCCUUCAGUAUGGUGCUGACGUUUCCCAUAAAGAUAUAAAUGGAUGGACAUCUGAGGACUAUGCUCUUAUUGGUGGAUACUCUGGUCUUAGUAAACAACUUUCUGAGUAUGCCAACUGGAAAAAUGUAGAAAAACCUUCUCCAAACAAUACAAAAGGAAUGUCGGUGUUUAGCAGUCCAGACAGGGUUGGAGAUGUUGGUUUUGCUUUGGGUGCACCUGCUACAGAUAAAGAAGAAAUGCAACAGUCUCCCAGCCAGACAUCAAGAACAAGAGAUUCAGGGAAAGUUAUAGAUGACCUUUCCCAAGGAGAUUCAGUAAGAAGCUCUAAAAAAGAUGAAGGGGAUGACAGCUGGCUUACAUCAGAGGAGGAAGAACUAGAUUUUACGCCUAAGAAACCACAGAAACCAAGUUUGACUCUGCUAAUGAACUCUUCCCAGCAAUUCAAGAAAAACAAUGGCGAGGAUAUUAGAAUUGGAAGUCCUCAGUCAUCAAGGCAAAACCUCAAACAAGUAACCAGAAAUCACACAAAUUUGAAUAAAAAAGAAUGUAAAGAACUGACAAAUGAAGAUAUUUCAGAAGCAAGCGAACAGGAGAAAGGAGAAUUAGAGGAAGAAGAAGAGGAGGAAGAUGAUGAGGAAGAAUUUAGUCAGGAAGAAAAGGAGGAUGAAGAUACAGAAGAUGAAGAAGGAAGUCAAGAUGAUUACACAGAAGAUGAGGAAGAGGAAUAUGUUGGAAAAUUGGAGCAUAAGCGUGAUCAAGAGUUAGAAAUCUUUAACAAUGCUGUUAAAUCUGAAAGGGAAGUUAAAAGUGGAAGCAAAAAUAUACACUAUGGUGGUAGUCAUGAAACAUGUGAAGAGAAAGAUCAGGAAAUGCAGGAAUCUGUUGAUAUUCCUGUGUCUUUUAUAGCUGGACAUUAUGAAGGUUUAAAGGAAAAUAUAACUGCCAUAUCAUCUAAGAUGGUAAAUAAUGAAGUACCUUAUGAUUCAUCAAAAAAAGAUGAUGGUAGUGAACAUGAAGAAAUUAAUGAAUUUCAGAAUACAAAUGAAUUGUUACAUACCGAUGGAAAUGAGAAAAUCAGAUGUAAGAACUGCUCUUCUUUUGAAGGUUCUGAAAUGACAGCCUGGAAAAAAGGUGCAUCUCCAUCUGUCUUAAAUAGUUGUUAUAUUAAGGAGGAAAACCCAAAUCUAGUAGAUGAUAUCUUUGAAAGUGAUGAUGAUCCUUGGUCAGAGACAGAAAAUCCAAGGUGUGAGAACAGAAGACAGGACUCAGAGAAGCUUAGAUUUGUAGGUGAUCAAAAUGCUGGAAAGGAGCAAUGCAAGAAUUCCAAGGAAUUGGGUAAUACAGUCUGUGAAACACUGGAACCAGAAAGUGAGAAUUUGCCUGUAAAUAGCGGUGAUGAAAAUCUAAAAGAAGCGUUUCAACCAAGCAUCAAAGAAGAAUCAUCAGAGGAGGAAGAUGACAUAGAACAACCACAAAUUUCAAAUGUUGGAGAUAAAAAUUUGAUUUGUAGUGGCAACCGUGAAGCACAGAAUCCCUCAGAAGAUACUCCUAUUAGGAAAGUAUUAGGAUUGGAAGAGGAGGAGGAUACAGAAUCACCCUGGGAUUCAGAGUGUGCUUCUGAAAGCCCAAGAAAACUACCAGUCAACCUGUUAAUUUCAUCUGCUGUCAGAACUGAAACACACAUGCAGAGUAUUUUUGAGGAACCAAAUGAAGGAUUUUGUGAAAAAAAUCUUGAUUCACAGCCAAAGACCACUCAAGCAAUUUUAGAAACAAAUGACACCUCUUCUUGUCCUGCAAAGGGAAUCGAGAUUGGCAAAAGGCAAAAGUCAGAUUUAAUGGAAGAACUUGGUUUAGAUGAUGCAGAUGAUAUUGAAGAUGUAUCAGACUGGGAUUCUACUAGCAUUUCACUUAAAAAUUUACCAGGUACUAAAAGCCCCAACGUUUUGACAUUUGGGAAUCCUUCAUCUUUACUACCAAUGUUAACAGCAAAGGAUGAUGCAGCAGCCACAGCUUCUGAAGUUAUUCCUCCAAGAUUAGAAGAAAUGUCAAAACCUCAAACUGUGACUGCACCAGAAAAUACCCAUUUAUAUUCUCUCCAAAAACAACUCCUGCCAGUAAUACUAAAAAGCAAAGAUGAACUAUCCGAACCUUCCUUUAAUAUGCCAUCACCAGAUGAAGAACAAGAAGAUGCAGGUGAAAACUGCAAGAAGCAGGAUAAACACAUAUUAGGUACAACCAACUUGACAGAAAAAACAGCAUCUGAUAAUCAGACUGACAAAACAGAAAUUUCAUUUCCACAUACAAAAACUGAGCCACUAAAACAAAAUGAGGACUCACAUGGUGAUGAUGUGCAAUUAAAUCCAAAACUUUGGGAAGAAAGAUAUGAGAAAAUGUGGGUUGAAAAUGACAAAAGGGAAGUGAAAACAAAUUUUAAAAGCAUUACAGCAGAGCUAAAGAAAAUGUUUGGUGAAAUUAAGGAAGUUCAGCAAACUACACCCAUGGAAGGGACAUUACAAGAUGGCUUCAGUGAAGAAUUGGAGAGCAUUCACAAAGCACCACAUAAUUUGACAAAACCCACCAGUAGAAUAGAAGAAAGAAGUGAAUUUAUGGACCUAUGCUCUGUGCUUGAACAAAAGGCAUCUAGCAAUGAAAACGUAAUUUCCUAUGCUUUAAAUUCCAGUUCUCAUGAGCAUCCCAAUCAGUAUAUUAUCAGGCUAUGUGAAAAUGAUAACAAAUUGUGUACUGAACAUGUAUGGAAUGUAAAUGAAGAGGGUUUUACUAACAAUGCAGAAAGUACAAAAGUAGCUGUAAACAAAGAGAGGGGAGACCAAAUAGCUGCUAUGGAAAUAGAAGAAAAUGUAGAUGGAAAUAUUUCAGAUUUAGAGAAUAGUCCUGGUUGUUCACAAAAACAUAGUUUGAAAGAAAGCAUUUUGGACAAAAGAGCUAAUAUUCCAGAUGAUGUAAGACCUGUUUCUACAGAUGAUAAAAGCACACUUCUUGCUGUAGCAAAAAACAAACUUGGAAAAGACACAUGCUAUUUUAAUGAUAUUCCCAAAGACUGCUUUGUUGGCAAUCCUAAAACUAGUAAUACUGAAAUUGAAAGUAAUUUGGGAAACUCUCGACAAUCUCGUGAUGAAACUUUGAAAAGACUAUUGGAUGAAGAACUGGAACAAGAUAUGGAAAGAUUUAAGAAUGAGGUAGGAAUGCUGCAGAUAGUAUUCCUGGCUUUGGAGAAAGAGAAAGUACAACUACAAAAAGAGGUAGAAAAGGAAAAGAGAAAGCAAAAAUGUGGGGAAAGAGAAGAUGCUUAUAAGUCAUAUAUGCAAACAUUGGCUGGAAAUGGUAUUAACCAGCAAAUGAAACAGAAGGGAACUGUAAAAGGGAACCAAUAUUCUACAGUAGAAAGUGGAGAAACCACAGAAGAAGAAAAACACACGAAGAACAGUAUUUCCUCCAAGGAAAGAGAGAAGUUAAUUCAAAUACCUUUGAAGGGUAGUAAUUCUGCCUUGAAUGUGAAGGAUGCAAAGAAAAAUGAAAACAAAAAGCGUAUUUCAAAACAGAGAGGUAAUCAGCAGAUGAAUUCUACCAAUGGAAAUCAAUUCCAAAUACUGGAUGAUAGCACUUUAAGUGAAACAUCUCAGGAUGAAGGAAGACCUGGAGCCAGAACAGUAGAUGAAAGGAACAAGAUUGGCAAACAGAUGGAUGUUGCAGAUGAUUUUGAUGAAUUAACUCAGUCUUCUGACACUGCUACAGAGGACUUUGAGUUGUCUGCUUCAACCUACAGAGAUGCUGUGUUGCUGAUAGAGCAGCUUAGUAUGGAUGGCAAAGCAGAUUCUAUUAGUCUCUUGAAAAUUCAGAACUUACUUCAUGGAUAUGAACGAUUAAUAGAACGUGAAAAGGGCCGCUAUACACAGCUUUUGGGAAAAGUAAGAAAGCUGGAGAAUGAAAAGAAAGAGCUACAAGCAGUAUUGGAAGAGACCAGAGAAUUGAAAUCCAUGCUGGAUCACCAAAAAGUGGAAUGGGAAAGCGAUGUCAGCAGUCUCAAGUUUACUUUGAAACAAGAAGAAGAAAAGAGAUUGAGUAUAGAAAUGCUGUAUGACAAAAACAGAGAACUUCUUAGAAAGAAAGAAGAUCAGUACUGUAAAGAGAUGGAGGAGAAACAACAGCUUGAGCUAACCCAAAGGAGUCUAGAAAUGGAGUUGAGAACAUUGAGAAAUCACUUGAAACAGGUUGAAGAAGAACGUAAUGAAACCCAGAGACAGCUCUCUCAAGAGCAGAGUGCCAGAGCUCUACAAGAGGGUAUUUUGAACAACCAUCUUUGGAGACAGAAAGAAAUAGAAGAAGAAACUAAAAUAACUGCAGCUAAAAGUUCAGAAGUACCUGAUAAUCUGAGAGAAAAGGAUCUUUUACACAAAAAUCAGAAACUGCAAGAUGAAAUUGCUAUACUAAGACUAGAGCUUGAUCAAAUAAGAAUUCGGCACCAGGAGGAAGAAACCAAAUAUUUAGAAGAAAAUGAGGUCUUGAAAGAAAAAAAUGAAGAUCUUAGGAAGGAGCUAAAACUAAAUGAGGAGGCUUUGACACAAACAGUUUUUCAGUACAAUGGACAGCUGAAUGUAUUAAAGACAGAAUCUGCAAUGUUAACUUCCAAAAUAGAGCAUGCAAAAGAAAAUAAAGAUAGACUGGAGACAGAGAUGGAAUCAUUCCGUUCCCGUUUGAACUCUGCUGUUCAAGAACUUGAAUGCUGUCGGAAAUCAAAAACUGAUGUUGAGCGAACACUACAAAGAGAGCGUGAUGAAUGGCUUCGUUUGCAAGACAAGCUCAAUCACGACCUGUCCAAUCUGCGAGACACCAAUAAUAUCUUGUCUCAACAGCUUACUAAAGUCGAAACUAAAGCUAACAGUCUAGAAAAUGAACUUCAUCAUGUAACACACACAUUUAGAGAAAAAACUUUGCUUUUAGAAAGUACUCAAAGAGAUCUAAGUUAUGCACAAUGUCAGGCAAAGGAACUUGAUUAUGCUCGACAAACUGAGAAGGAUCAAAUGAGCAAAUAUAUUGUAAAACAGGAAUCUAUGCAAGAACGAUUGGCACAGCUUCAAAGUGAAAACGUCUUACUCCGGCAGCAAUUGGAAGAUAUGCAAAACAAGGGGAUCAUCAAAGAAAAAGUAGUGAGUGAUGUCCAAGACAGAUUUAGUGAUAUAUUCAGUAAACUUAGAGCUGAUACUGAAAAGCAAAUUCAUAUGAUGGAAGAGAGAAAUAAGGAACUAAUCACAAAAUGUAAUAAUUUAAGGGAGCAAGUCUUUAAAUAUGAAACAGAGAAAGUAGAAAGAGAGGGUACAGUAAGACAACUGCAACAAGAACUUGCUGAUGCUCUUAAAAAGCAAUCAAUGUCAGAAGCUUCACUUGAAGUUACAACACGUUAUCGCAAUGACCUGGAAGAGGACAAACUACAUUUGCAAAAGGAAAUAGACAAGAUUAAAACCAAGCUGCAAGAAUCGGAAGAUCAAUAUAUUCAGUCUGAACGACGUGUUCAUGAUUUGAAGAAUGCAUUAGAUAGUAAGGAACGAGAAGUGAAUGCUUCUUCCCAGAAAUUGCAAGACCUUCUAAUAGCAUCAUCUGGAACAAAUAAUGCUAUAAAACAACUGGAAGAACAUAUACAAAGACUAGAAAUUGAAAAUGCCAGAUUGGAAGCUACAACCAAACAGCAAACAAUCAGAAUUGAGGUACUUCAGAAAGACCUGCAGGAUUCUGCUUCUGUUCAUAAUCGCCUUGAAGACUUGAUAACAGGCUUACAGACAGCAAAAAUCAAUUUAGAAGAACAGCUAAAUCAGCAGGUCCAAAAGCAAACCAUGCUGUCAAUGACUGCAAAAGAUACACAUAAUCUGUGGGAGGAGGAGUUGAAGUCCAGAUCCAAACUUGGAGUUCGUCUAUCUCAACUUGAUAGGGAAAAGGCUGAGAUGUUGGAACAAUUCGAGAGUGAAAGGAAAAAAGUGAAGAAGCUAGUAGAGUUAAAACGAUCAGUGGAAGCCCGGCUGGAUCAAGAAAUGAAGAGAAACAGUGAAUUACAAAAAGAAUGUAAUGGAAUGAAGAAACUUCUAAAAACAGCUAAGAAGAAACUAAAGGAAUAUGAGAAUGGAGAGAGUGUGUCCCAGUUUAGUUUCCAGGGAGAACUGAAGAACAGAUAUUCUGAAAUGGACAAUGAAGUUAGUAGAUUAAGGACAAAGAUAGAUGAACUUUCCAAAAAGCUGGAUAUAGAGUCAAAAAAAUCUACGCAGUUAGAAUCUACAAAUCGUGAUCUACGAGAACAGUUGUCUUCUAUGAAGAUACUGCAUAAGAAUCAUGAAAAGCUGGAGAAGAGCAAAUGGCAGCUGGAAGGAGAAGUAGCUACUCUCAAACAUCAAGUAGAGACUAAUAUGAUGGACCACAGUCAACUAGAACAGUAUAAAAGAGAGAUUGAAGAACGAGCUAGACAAGAAAUAAGACAAAAACUAGAAGAAGUCAAUCUAUUUUUGCAGACGCAGGCAGCCUCCCAAGAGACAUUAGAACAAAUAAGAACUACUAAUAAUACUUCACUGAGAAACCAGUUGGAGCACAGAAUUAGAGAUCUAGAAUCUGAACUGGCUAGAAUAAAAAACACACAAGAAGACAGUGUCUUUCAAAAACAGUCUACGCAGACAGAACUGGAAAGAUACAAAGAACUUUAUUUGGAAGAGUUAAAAAUUAGAAAAUCGCUAGCAAGUAAACUGGAUAGAGCUAAUGAAAGGAUAGCAGAGGCCAAUGCAAAACUCCUUCAUGAGCGCCAUAGGAGCAAAUCUUUAAUUGCUAACAGCAUUGUAAAUGGAGGUCUUUCUGCAAGUCCAGUCCUGGAUACAACUCAACUUGGCAAUCUCGGCAAUAAUUUAACACUAAAUAGAAGUCUUGGUCUUGGAGGAAGUUUCAUAAACCCAACUGGAAAUGCAUUAUCUUCAAAAAACAGAGUGGAAGCUUAUCUUGCUAAGAUGCAGCAGGAACUAGAAAAAAGUAUCACUAAAGAACUUGACCAAGCCACAGCUGAACUUGAAAAUGGGUCUGUAAGAGUCUCUCCUGUAGGAUCUACUGAUGGAUCUUCAAAAAAUCUAAAUGUGGAUCAGGAUCCGGUUUCCAGGGCAACACAGCAGUAUCUAGAUGUAUUAAAGAAAAAUUAUAUGAUUUGAACAAAACAUUAAAGCAAGUUUGUGAAAAUGACUUUGUUUACAUAACAUUUUAAUGGUUUCCCAUUAAAUGGGGUCAGAUGUGAAAAAUCUUAAUUACAAUUUAAAUAUAAACUAUAAAGGUAUUUUAUAAAUAUCAGGCACAUUGCACUUCUCUCUGGAGAAACAGCACAUAGUUAUAUAGUCUCCUUUUAAAUUAAAUAUAUAAGCCAUACCUUGUUUUCAUUUGUAACUAGCAAAGGAAAUACAGAGCAGUGUUCUUGAGUUUGACAGAACUGCCAGAAUGUUAGUUGUUACAAUAGCUGUUCUGAGUCUUGUUCCAUUCAUUUUCUCUGAUGUAUUUUAACCAAAGCAUUUCCUGAAUUUUGUUUUGUUUUCUCUUUUACAUGUAUUUUAUGUUUUUAAAUGUUCUCUUAAGUAGCCCAUUAGCCUGUUCAGAUCUGAUGCAUCUGUUUUGUGCCCAGUUCUGUAGUCCUGACACAGGGAAAACUUCUGUUGAUUCACUGUAAGAUUUGCCUAUAUUAGGUUUGCAGAAUUAGGCACUUGCCUAAUUUGUUUUUGCUUUUAUUCCAUUGUGUUUGAGUUUAAAAAAUACUACAUAUCUGUAAUAGUGCCAAGAGAUUUGUAGUGUGUGUUUUAUAUGGUAGAGGAACUUAUCAAUACAAUGCACUGAAUUUUUAAUUGAAUAAUACAGCAACUUGGGGCAUUCUGAGUUGUUAGUAGAUCACUGCUAUGUUAUAAGUACAACUCUUCUGUAGAUGAAUAGAGUAAAACUAUAUAUAUUUUGUGUGUGCCUACCUCCAAUUUUCUUGAUAUUUUCCAAAGUUGGUGCACGGAAAAGCUAAGUUUUGCAUUAUUACUAAAAUCAGAAGACCCCUUGAUCAUAAAUCUAGUAGACUGGACUUACAGCGAGUCUGUUUCAAUGAUCAAGACAGUUUUACUUAUUCCAGCGAUUCAUCCAUUGUUACUGAAGACCCAUAUUUCUGCCAUUAAAUAUCUUUAAAGGUCACUAAUGUUGUGGUUCAAGAUGGUGAAAUGGAGGAAGAAAUCCCCACUAGAGAAAACAUGAACAAUGAUUAUACUGAGAUGAGCAGGACAUGAAAAAUUUGUCCUGUACCCACUAUUCCAAGAACUAAGCUAACUAGCCUGGGUGGAAAAAACCUGUGCCGCCAUGUCUCUUAACAGUUUUAAAGGAAUAAAACAGUUUUGUACAGUUGGUAUAUUGUCUUUACUUGUAAAAUACUCCAUAUCAGCUGUUCAAUAAAUUUUUAAAUGUAA